AUGCAUCGCAAGUUUUUAACGUUAGAAGCUGCGUUAGAUUAUUUCCACAGCUUAUCCGACAGCGAACUUGAUGACGAACACAAGCAUAAUCUUUGUAUUUUGCUACCUGAUAAAGACGCGAGUCUGAGUGAUGAAGAACAAAUAAACGAUGAAACCUUAAAUGAAGUUUAUCCUAAAGAUGUCUGCGGCCAGGUUGACUUGAUGCUUAGCGAUGAAGAUACAGGCUCAAAUAGUUCAGAUGAUCAACUUCACAAUUCAGGAUAUCAAAAGGGAAGCACAACCUCAUGCACGGCUCCAAAAGCAAAGAAGCGGAAACAAGAACCCUAUCCAAGGUGGAAAAAAUAUGCUAAGUUUGAAGAAAUUCUUCCGGGAAAAAAAACUCGAAAAAUUGACUAA